AUGCCUGUCGUCGUGCGGCAUAGCGCCCCGCAUCGUGAGGCUUCCCAGGGGCUGUGGUCUCAGGGGGUGCUGCGCCCCAGGGGGUGCUGCGUCCGCAGUAACUUUAUAUCGAAGCAAAGAUCAUGGCAAUCCGCUCCUCCUCUCCUUGUCGUCGAAUGGAUGCAACCUACUUGCGCACUUGGCAUCUGUUCCAAUCUAAAUUAUUGUAGCAUCGUAUGCCUCCACGGUACCCCUUGUCAGGUGCACAAUGGCCGUGUAACAACGCUGGCGACGCGCGGGACAUGCUGA